CCCAAGCGACUCAGAUCGGCGGAGAUAUACCCCUAUAUAUAUAUAUAUACAUAUACAUAUAGUCAUCGGCGAUAGUCAAAGUCGAAUAGCGAGGGCCGCCAGCUAACCAGCUAACGGCACACUCGAGACGAAAGACAGUCGAUAAGAUUAACGUCAACUUAAUUAAAACCCUUCGAAAAGAAAAGAAAAGCCAGGCACCAAAGAAGCGAUCGAUCGAUCGAUCAAACAACCGAUCCCAUCGUAACUCGACCAUACACUUCUAGCCUUAGAUAAUAGCCAAUAGUCGAGUGGCACUCGUUGCAAGUGAUUUGUGAUUGUGUUUCUAAAGCCCUGGGAAAAAAAAUCAGUGUGUGUUUCAAGUUGGGCAGUGCCAAGAGAUACCCUAGAAAACAAGAGCUCACAACGGAAACGGAUUCAGAUACAAGUGCAGGAUGUACGUGGCCAACACCACGGGCGGCCUAAUGCUGCAGACCAUGUUGUACCUGGCCAAUCACACCAGCCGGGCGGCGGUCAACACGCUGGUGGACCUGCCACCAGCUCCCAAAAGUGACAUCAACGAGGUGAAAUGCUUCGGCGUGUACGGCUGCUUUCCGAUCAAUGGACCCUGGAACACGGUGACCCGUUCCAUAAAUGUGCAUCCGCAGAAGCCCUCGGAGAUUGAGCCACAUUUCACGCUGCACACGCGCAGGGCACUGGAUCAGCCCAAGUAUCUGGAUCUCAAUGAUCCGGAAAGCGUCCAGGGCAUGGGUAUGGAUCCCAAGGGCAAGAUAUUCCUGCUGGUCCAUGGCUAUCUGGAGUCCGGUGAGAUACCCUGGAUGUGGGACAUGGCCAAGGCGCUGCUCGCCCAUGAGCCCGAGGGUCGGGCAGCUGUGGUGCUGAUCGAUUGGGGCGGUGGCGCCAGUCCGCCGUAUGUCCAGGCGGUGGCCAAUAUCCGGCUGGUGGGCGCCAUCACCGCCCAUGUGGUGCACAUGCUGUACGAGGAGCUGCGUCUGCCGAAUCUGGACAAUGUCCACAUCAUUGGCCACUCACUGGGCGCCCAUCUGUCCGGCUAUGCUGGCUAUCACCUGCAGCACGACUUUGGUCUGAAACCGGCCAGGAUAACCGGUCUGGAUCCGGCUGCUCCACUCUUCACCGACACCGAUCCCAUCGUGCGGCUGGACAAGACGGAUGCCCACUUUGUGGACAUUGUGCACACGGACGCCAAUCCACUGAUGAAGGGUGGACUGGGCAUCAAUAUGCGAUUGGGUCAUGUGGACUUCUUUCCCAAUGGUGGUUUCGAUAAUCCCGGCUGCAACAAGAAGUUCCAGGAUGUGGUCAAGAAGAAGACGCUCUUCCUGACCAUGCAGGAGUUCCUCGGCUGCAAUCACAUUCGCAGUCAGCAGUACUUCACGGAAAGCAUCGGAUCGCAGUGUCCUUUCCUUGGAAUAACCUGUGAUUCCUUCGAGAGCUUCAAGGACACGAAGUGCACCAGCUGCGAGGAGCCGGGCCACACGUGCCUGCGAAUGGGCUACCACAGCCAGGAGGAUUACCAGGAGCAGGUGGAUCUCGGCCAGCUGCAACAGGGCGAUUCACCAGGAGUCUUCUACCUGUGGACCGGCGAUAGCAAGCCCUUCUGCCGCCUGCACUACAGGAUAACAGUGCGGGUGUCCGGACACGACGAGAGUACUCUGCAUGGCGGCGAGGUGGGCAUCCUGUCCAUUCAGCUCCACGAUGCCCUGGCGAAGAUGGGUGGCAAAAAGGAACGCGCUGCCACGGAGCUGAUGAAGUUCUCCCAGAAGGCGAUGUACUUUGAGCCGGGCUAUGAGUACAAAGCCUUGGUGGCCGGACGCAAUCUCCGGGAGCCGGAGUACGCGACUGUGAAUUGGGAGUACCCCACCAAUAUACUGAAUCCACUCACCUGGCGCAUCCUAUCUGCGCCGCGUAUCUACUUGGAGUACAUACUCAUCGAGGCGAUGGAGUCCAGCGACUUGUACCUUAAACUAUGUCCGCAGCACGAAGGAGCCAUUCUCACAGGCGCCGAAAAUGUCCUGCGCUCCAGCUAUUGCAAGGAUUAAUAGUAGCCUGUUUACUUAGUAACUUGGUUAGUUUUUUGGCUAAUUGAUGAUGAUAUUUAUCAUUUCUAGUAGUCAAUCAAUUAACCACUAAAUUCGGAAUUGUAUGUAAGCUAUAUCUUUACUUAAUUAGCUAAUUAAUUUUGAUUUUCGCUCAUGUCCAAUGAUUAAUUAGCUAAUUAAUUAAGCAAUUAGUUGGCACUUCCUCAGCACAAAUACUUUAUGUACAAAAUCAAAGAAAGCAGUGCAGGUUCGCGCCACCGCUAAGUUGUUGGAUCAACCAGAGCAGCCACAAAGGUGCGUGUCUGCGCUAUGGGAACAGUUCGAAGCAGUGUUCCCAGUGCGACUUUUAUAGCAGCGCGCUGAGGAGGAACAGUUUGUAUUUUAUAAUAGUAUUUGAAUAGUUCGCAAUACGAAACAAUCAUCAAACCGUUAUUUAUUUUAUAAAAUAAUAUUUUUUUGCAUAUAUUCUUUUUUUUUUUUGAGUUAAAUGUAUGUGUAGUCGUAAUUUAAUGUAAAUAAACAUUAAAAAUGGAAACAAUA